GUGAAUCUCACAUUCCUCCGGAAUGUCUCCGACGCCAUGACACAUUCGUCGCGGGAUCCCAUGUCCGUGGUCAUCCCCAUAACAGUCUUCUAUGCUGUGAUAUUUUUAGCGGGUGUCUUGGGCAAUGUCACCACCUGCACUGUGAUCUCAAGGAAUAAGUCAAUGCACACGGCGACAAAUUUUUACCUGUUCAACCUGGCUGUGUCGGAUUUGUUGCUACUCGUGUCUGGUUUGCCGCUGGAGAUAUACAACAUCUGGUAUCCGGCGCAGUAUCCCUUCAACCAGUCCUUCUGCAUCCUCCAGGGCCUGCUCUCAGAAACCUCCACCAACGCCACCGUGCUCACCAUCACGUCCUUCACGGUGGAGCGCUACAUCGCCAUCUGCCACCCCUUCAGGCAGCACACCAUGUCCAAAUUGUCACGAGCUGUGAAAUUUAUUCUGGCAAUUUGGAUUGUGGCCUUCUGCCUCGCCAUCCCGCAAGCCUUCCAAUUUGGCAUCGUGGCCGUGGAAGCGACGGGCAGCAUUUGCACGGUUAAGAAUGUCUUUGUGGAGCACGCUUUCGAGAUCUCGAGUUUCAUCUUCUUCGUUGGCCCUAUGACACUCAUUUGCAUAAUGUACAUCCUAAUUGGUGUGAAACUCCAGAACUCCAAGCUGCUGCAGGGCACCAAGAGAAAGGGCAUCAGCGCUCAAACGCGAGUUAUCCGCAUGCUGGUCGCGGUCGCUGUGGCGUUUUUCCUCUGUUGGGCGCCUUUUCAUGCUCAGCGCCUAAUGGCCGUUUAUGGAUCAACGGUGGAAACGCCACAUGAGAUCUUCUACACCAUCUACACAGCCUUGACGUAUAUAUCUGGCGUCCUUUAUUUCCUGUCCACCUGCAUCAAUCCUCUGCUCUACAACAUCAUGAGUCACAAGUUCCGGGAUGCCUUUAAGUCAACCCUCGCGCGGCACUGCGGCUUUGGCGGCAAGUAUCACGGUCAGAACCACAACUACAGCGCCCUGAGUCGAGCUGCUGGGGCUGGCGUAGGGGGCUCCCUCAGGUUAGCCGCCAACCUUAAUAGGAAUCCCAACAAUUUGGCGGCGGAGAUGGGUCACAUUGAGAAGCGCGAGUCUGACCUCUCGCUCAUCCAUGGCAACCACCAGGCGCUCAAUCUCAUGAACAAUUGCUUCAAAGUAACCAACGAGGGUGACGCCAGGCCACCGCCAUAUCACACCUCCGAGAGCCAACUCACCAUCGCCACUGCGCUCAGCCGGACCGCCACGGCGGACGGAAAGCUGCUGCCGACGGAAGUCUACAAUGGUCCACCCACGCCGGUGUCGCCGUCGAAGACUGUCGCCCUCGCAAUUUCGCCCUCCAAGGGAAGCGAGGGGCAUUCCAGCGGAAAGGUGAAAUUCCACCAGUCGGCGCUCUCCACAAUCGCCGAGAAGCUGCGCCGCAGCACUAAGAUGGUCUUCCAUCUCAAGUCCUCCCACAAUGGGGACGUGGGACUGCGAACGGCCGAUGAGAAGCUGAAGAAACUCAACAGUGUCGACAGUGCUCACUCCAACACCAUCAGCAAUUCCAGUCUGCAGGAGAUGGACGAAGAGCUCAACAGUUCUGACUUGGUGCGAUACAUGGAGGAGAUUAAUAACGAGAUUAAGAACUAACAGUGACUCUUCUGUACCUGAGAUGUGCACUGCAAUAUCAGUUCCACUUUAUCCAUACCACAAAUGUGAAGCUGCCACUUCGUCGGGCAAUUGAAUAUCACGAAUCUUCGGCUCCAGGUGCUCUUAUCUCAAAUUGAUGAAUAGCACAAUCUUGCAGUGAGUGCAUCUCGCAGUAUAUUAAAUUGUAGUGUAUGUGUAGUACAUAUAUUGAUGUAGGAUAAAUGACAAAUAUUCGUAUAUUAACUGUUGCAUUAGCUUGAUGAUAUUUGAAUGAACGAGAAGAGCGUAACUUGCAAGAAGACGCAUUACUCAAAACCUAAGUAGAUUAAAUAUUUAUUAAGCAUUCACUAUGUAGAAUUUUUAAGAAAUACACA